GAUGCACUACAGGACUCGAGAUGGGGAGGGAAAGAGAGAAUAGGCUACACGUGCUUGGGUUUGAGAACUGUCAGUCCCACAUGAACUGGCACACAGGAGAUAACUCAAAUUUAGACCGGGUCAACGACACGUAGUAAAACCUGAUCUCAAUUCUUGGCAACGGAUGAAUCUUUGACUACUGAACCGUAAAGAUGAGCAGUCGGAGGAAGGAGUGCAAGCGCCAGAUCCUGAAAUUCGGUCAGAACGUCGUUAGGUUUAUCACCGGAACACUCGUUGCAGACAGUCCUGAAGAGGAGCAGGAGCUGGCAGCUCUAAGACACAGACCUGAGACCAUAGAUCACCUGCAGGCCCUGACCCACUUCACCAGGGAAGAGCUGCAGAUUCUCUACAGAGGCUUCAAGAAUGAAUGUCCAAGUGGUCUUGUUAAUGAGGAGACUUUUAAAAACAUCUAUGCUAACUUUUUCCCUCAAGGAGAUUCAUCGAACUAUGCAUAUUUUCUCUUCAGAGCUUUUGACAGGAACCAAACUGGGUCUGUCACAUUUGAGGACUUCAGUGUUGGUCUUUCUGUGCUGCUACGAGGACCUGUGGAAGAAAAGCUGGCAUGGGUGUUCAACUUGUAUGACGUUAAUAAAGAUGGAUGUAUAACAAAAGAGGAGAUGCUGGACAUCAUGAAAGCAAUAUAUGACAUGAUGGGGAAGUCAGUAAGCCCACGACUCUCAGAGGAUGUACCGAGACAGCACACAGAGAUCUUCUUUCAAACCAUGGACAAAAACCAGGAUGGUGUGAUCACCAUUGAUGAAUUUAUUGAAAGUUGCCAAAAGGAAGAAAACAUAGUGAAAUCUAUGGACAUCUUUGAAAAUGCGAUCUGAGGCAAAUUCAUGGACAAACUUACAUGAUCAACCAGUGCCUUGACACUAAAAAUGGGGAAAAUAAGUACAUAAUCAACUACAGGGGAGCCAAGACGAGGUGGAUCACAUCCAUCAUUUUGGAUUAAGGAUUAUCUAAGCAAAGUAUGUGCUUGUGAAAUGACAGCUCUAAAGAUAGUGUCACGUAGUAGAGUUAGUGAGAUAGUGUCAUGUAGAGUUUAGAAAGUGUCUGUUCUAUGGCUUUCAUGGCUUUUACGAAUUAUUUGCCAGUUGGUGCAGUUGCUUAGUCUUGUUAGUAAAGAAGGGUCAGGGGUCAAAAUGACCUGCAGGCAUCAUUUACAACACAAACACGUCACACUAUGAUGUAAUGUAAAUAUGUGUUCACUGGAUUUCAGGGAUAACUUUUAAGAAGAUGUAAACCUUUAGUUUAUUUAACAUUGGUCAUGAAUGACCGGAACUGACUUACAAUCACAAAUUGUAAUUGAUAUUAAGUGUAUUUUUUCACAUAACAUAAUUCAAGGUAGAUUCCACAUUUCUGCAUCUUGUUUGACACUUUACGACCUGAUGGUUGUGGCCACUUUCAAUACCUCUUCAGUGACCAAAAACCUAAAUACAACCUAGAUAUAUCUCAUGUGUAAAUUCUUAUCCUGAAGAGCUUGCCAGGGCUGGUCACUUAUUGGAUCCAGCAUUGCAGUAUUGAGAACCGACAUCUGUAAUAUGAAAUCACAGAAGCCAUGAGAAGGUUUGGGGUCAAUGUGGUGAAGACCAUACAGCAACUAAGCUCUAGAAAAAAGAAAGUAGUAUGCUUUGUGUCCUUCUGGAAAUGACAGAGCAGUGGCCAUUUUGGCCAUGCUUUGUGAAGUGUAAAGAUCCGAUUUGGAAGUGUUUGGAGUGAGACUCCAUUCCCAUGUAAAUGUUGAUGUUCUCAAGGUGAACAAGAAAAGAAAAAAACAUCAGUUGCCAUCUCAAUACACGUCUUAUGCAAUGCAUAUGCAGCUUUCUCCAGUGUAUGAAAUUUCAUCAUUCCACCAUUUAAAGGCCUUUAUAUGUAUUUAUUAGCGUCCACAUUAAAGCUCAGAAUAUGCUGUUGACUGCUCUAAAUACAUGUUACCUUCAAAGAUAUGGAAAACAGAAAGGAAUCUUUUAAACACCAAAACUCUGGUCUCAGGCUCUACCUUGAAUUGAUCAAAUCCAUAAAUUGGCUUAACCUUAUGCUUUCCCCAUUAGGGCUUAACAUUAUGCUUUCCCCAUUAGGGCUUAACAUCAUUCUUUUCUCAUGAGGGUUGGUGAUGGGAGGGAAUGCAGGCCAUUUUUACCUAGGUCUUGCAAAACUU